UAGUUAAGGCAGUAGGGAGUUUCUGCUGGGGUCUGGAUUGGAGAUACAACAGACCGGACCCUCUUGUGUAUGAUUGGAGUCUAAAGGAAGAGCAUUUUCCCCUUGCCUCAAAGAGUCUACAUGUCUAAUAUUUAGACAUGUUCAGCUUUGUGGAUAUUCGGUUAGCGCUGUUGCUUGCAGCAACAGCACUUUUGGCAAGAGGUCAAGGCGAGGACGAUCACACAGCCGGCAGCUGUACAUUGGACGGCCAAUUAUAUAGCGACAAAGAUGUAUGGAAACCCGAACCCUGCCAAAUCUGCGUUUGCGACAGCGGCACCGUCAUGUGCGACGAAGUGAUUUGCGAGGAUACAUCUGACUGCCCCAAUCCAGAAAUUCCCUUCGGCGAAUGCUGCCCGGUUUGCCCCGGUGAGGAAGAUAACGGGGAUCCUAUCGCGGCUGUGGGACCCAAGGGCAAGCCUGGUCCUAAGGGUGACAGGGGACUCCCCGGCCCCCCAGGUAAUGAUGGCAUCCCAGGCCAGCCUGGCCUUCCUGGACCACCUGGCCCCCCCGGACCCAACGGCCUUGGCGGAAACUUUUCUCCUCAAAUGUCUCACGGUUAUGAGGAGAAAUCUGGCGGUGGAGGAAUGCCCGUCCCUGGCCCCAUGGGCCCAAUGGGUCCCCGUGGUCCCCCUGGACCUGCUGGUGCUAGCGGACCCCAAGGAUUCACUGGUCCUCCUGGUGAGCCUGGUGAGGCUGGUGCUUCUGGUCCCAUGGGUCCCCGUGGUCCAGCUGGUCCCCCUGGAAAGAACGGAGAGGAUGGUGAGUCCGGCAAACCCGGUCGCGGCGGUGAGCGUGGUCCUGCUGGCCCCCAGGGUGCCCGUGGAUUCCCCGGAACCCCUGGACUCCCUGGGAUUAAGGGACACAGAGGAUUCAGCGGUCUAGAUGGAGCCAAGGGAGAUACUGGACCUGCUGGACCCAAGGGAGAGGCUGGUGCCCCUGGUGAGAAUGGAACCCCUGGCGCUAUGGGCCCACGUGGUCUGCCUGGCGAGAGAGGCCGUGCUGGUCCUGCUGGCGCUGCUGGUGCACGUGGUAACGAUGGAGCUGCUGGUGCUGCUGGUCCUCCUGGCCCCACUGGACCUGCUGGUCCCUCUGGGUUCCCUGGUGGUCCUGGAGCUAAGGGAGAUGCUGGUCCUCAGGGAAGCCGUGGUCCAGAUGGAGCUCCUGGUUCCCGUGGUGAGCCCGGUAGCCCCGGACCCGCUGGCGCUGCUGGUGCUGCUGGUAACCCCGGUCAGGAUGGAGCUGCUGGUGGCAAGGGUGCCCCUGGCGCUGCUGGCGUUGCUGGUGCUCCUGGAUUCCCUGGACCCCGUGGCCCCCCCGGACCUCAGGGUACUCCUGGUGCUCCUGGUCCUAAGGGUAACACUGGUGAGGUUGGUGCUCCUGGUCAUAAGGGAGACCCUGGUGCUAAGGGAGAGCCUGGACCCUCUGGAGUGCAAGGCCCACCCGGUCCCGCCGGAGAGGAGGGCAAGAGAGGAUCCCGUGGUGAGCCCGGCGCGGCUGGAGCUCGCGGAGCCUCCGGAGAGCGUGGUGCCCCCGGAAACCGUGGAUUCCCUGGUGGUGAUGGAGCUGGUGGCCCCAAGGGUGCCACUGGUGAGCGUGGUGGACCUGGCCCCGUAGGACCCAAGGGCUCCACCGGUGAGUCCGGACGCAAUGGAGAACCUGGCAUGCCCGGAGCCAAGGGUAUGACUGGCAGCCCUGGCAGCCCCGGACCCGAUGGCAAGACUGGCGGCCCUGGUCCUGCUGGACAAGAUGGCCGCCCUGGAGCCCCAGGCCCUGCUGGAGCAAGAGGUCAGCCCGGUGUCAUGGGAUUCCCUGGACCCAAGGGUGCUGCUGGCGAGGCUGGCAAGAGCGGCGAGAGAGGCCUUAUGGGACCAGCCGGUGCUGUUGGCGCCCCUGGCAAAGAUGGUGAUGUUGGUGCUCCUGGUGCUCCAGGACCUGCUGGACCCGCAGGAGAGAGAGGCGAGCAGGGUCCCGGUGGUGCCGCUGGAUUCCAGGGUCUGCCCGGACCCCAGGGUGCAACCGGUGAGACUGGCAAGCCCGGAGAGCAGGGCGCACCUGGUGAGGCUGGAGCUGUCGGCCCCGCUGGUUCCAGAGGUGACAGAGGUUUCCCCGGUGAGCGUGGUGCCCCUGGCGCUGCCGGACCCCCCGGCCCCCGCGGUUCUCCUGGCGCUGCCGGUAAUGAUGGUGCUAAGGGUGACGCAGGUGCUCCAGGUGCCCCUGGCGCUCAGGGUGCCCCAGGCCUCCAAGGAAUGCCCGGUGAGCGUGGUGCCGCUGGUCUGCCCGGUCUGAAGGGCGACAGAGGUGACAGUGGUGCCAAAGGUGCUGACGGUGCCCCCGGUAAGGAUGGCGUCCGUGGCAUGACUGGCCCCAUCGGUCUCCCCGGCCCCGCCGGUCCUUCUGGUGAUAAGGGUGAGUCUGGUCCCGCUGGCCCUGUUGGCCCAAGUGGUGCCCGUGGUGCCCCUGGCGAGCGUGGUGAAGCUGGUGCCCCUGGACCUGCUGGCUUUGCUGGUCCUCCUGGUGGUGAUGGUCAGGCUGGUGCUAAGGGUGAGGCUGGUGACACUGGUGCCAAGGGUGACGCUGGUGCUCCCGGACCUGCUGGACCUACUGGUGCUCCUGGACCUCAGGGUCCCGUUGGUCCCACCGGAGCCAAAGGUGGUCGUGGUGCUGCUGGUCCCCCUGGUGCUACUGGUUUCCCUGGUGCUGCUGGCAGAGUUGGACCCCCCGGCCCCGCUGGUAACAGCGGUCCCCCUGGCCCCCCUGGCCCUGCAGGAAAGGAAGGACAGAAGGGUAACCGUGGUGACACUGGCUCUGCUGGUCGCUCUGGUGAGAUUGGACCUGCUGGACCUCCCGGACCUUCUGGAGAGAAGGGUGCCCCUGGUGGUGAUGGGCCUUCUGGUUCUCCAGGUAUUCCUGGCCCUCAGGGUAUUGCUGGAUCCCGUGGUAUUGUGGGUCUGCCAGGACAGAGAGGCGAGCGUGGUUUCCCUGGCCUCCCCGGCCCAUCUGGAGAGCCUGGCAAACAGGGACCCGGUGGCCCUGGAGGAGAACGUGGGCCUGGCGGACCCAUGGGACCCCCUGGACUGGCUGGUGCUCCCGGUGAACCCGGACGUGAGGGUUCCCCUGGUGCUGAGGGUGCUUCUGGACGCGAUGGCCCUGCUGGACCGAAAGGUGAACGUGGUGAGACUGGCGCUGCUGGUGCUCCUGGUGCCCCUGGACCCCCUGGUGCUCCUGGUCCCGUUGGCCCUGCUGGCAAAUCUGGCGACCGUGGUGAGACCGGCCCUGCUGGUCCCGCUGGUCCUGCUGGCCCCGCUGGCCCCCGUGGCCCCGCUGGUGCCGUUGGCGCUCGUGGUGACAAGGGAGAGGCUGGAGAAGCUGGAGAGAGGGGCCUGAAGGGACACAGAGGCUUCACCGGUCUGCAGGGUCUGCCCGGACCCGCUGGCCACACGGGAGAGACUGGACCUGCUGGAUCUGCUGGCCCCGCUGGACCCAGAGGACCCGCUGGUUCUGCUGGAUCCCCUGGUAAGGAUGGCAUGAGCGGCCUGCCCGGCCCCAUUGGACCCCCUGGACCCCGUGGUCGCACUGGAGAAAUCGGACCUGCUGGUCCCCCCGGACCUCCCGGACCCCCUGGACCUCCCGGACCCCCCGGCGGCGGAUUCGACAUGGGCUUCAUCGCCCAGCCCGCCCAGGAGAAGGCCCCCGAUCCCUUCCGUCACUACCGUGCUGAUGACGCCAACGUGCGCGACCGCGACCUCGAGGUGGACUCCACCCUCAAGUCCCUGAGCCAGCAGAUCGAGAACAUCCGCAGCCCCGAGGGCACCAAGAAGAACCCCGCCCGCACCUGCCGCGACCUCAAGAUGUGCCACCCCGACUGGAAGAGCGGAGAGUACUGGAUUGACCCCGACCAGGGCUGCUCUCAGGACGCCAUCAAGGUCUACUGCAACAUGGAGACCGGCGAGACCUGCGUGUACCCAACCCAGGCCGACAUCCCUCAGAAGAACUGGUACACCAGCAAGAACAUCAAGGAGAAGAAGCACGUCUGGUUCGGCGAGGCAAUGAGCGACGGCUUCCAGUUCGAGUACGGCGGCGAGGGUGCCAAGCCUGAGGAUGUCAACAUUCAGCUGACCUUCCUGCGCCUCAUGUCCACCGAGGCCUCCCAGAACAUCACGUACCACUGCAAGAACAGCAUCGCCUACAUGGACCAGCAGGCCGGCAACCUCAAGAAGGCCAUCCUCCUGCAAGGCUCCAACGAGAUCGAGAUCAGAGCCGAGGGCAACAGCCGCUUCACGUACAGCGUCACCGAGGAUGGCUGCACGUCACACACUGGCUCAUGGGGAAAGACAGUCAUUGACUACAAGACAACAAAAACAUCUCGCCUGCCCAUCAUUGACAUCGCUCCUAUGGACGUUGGUGCACCCAAUCAGGAAUUUGGCAUUGAAGUUGGCCCAGUCUGCUUCUUGUAAAAAAGAAAUCUGGACUUGAAAUGUUUUUUUUUUUCCUAGCAGUCAUCUCUCUAAAACUUUCUCUAUGCAUUAAAAAAACCUAAAGUUUCAUUCGGCCGCAAAAUGGUCCACUUGCUUAAAACUACAUUUCUGAAGACGAUGUCUGUGUUAUCAUUUUUCAGAAACAAUUUUUCUGGGCCAUUAUCAACACCUACAUCAAGGACACUUUAAAAGAAUCGUUUGUUCCACUUGCAACAAGAAAAUAAUAUAUACUUGUAAAGUGUAAAAUCCCUCUCUGGCGUUUGAAAAGAAAAGCCCAUAAUGAAUACAGAUGACUUUUGCCAUUUUUUUACCACUGUGGAAGGACAAUGAAAAAACAAAUGCUUUGUACCGUUUUCAGGUGUUAAAUAAAUUUGAAAAAUGACAGUGAAGUGUCUUGUUGUUCUAACCAUCAGGAAAGCAACUAGCGGGACAACCGUUGUCCUUAAAAGUCACACAAUUACGAGCCGAGACAGGGGAUCAACAUUUUGAAAUCUUAUGGCUACCUCAGAAAAUUAAUCCAUGUUACGCAGAGUGUUAGCAAAUACCAGGGCAGAGAUUUUACACGUCAGAAGUAUCGUGGGAAAAAGCAUGUAACAACUGUAAACGGUGCUAAUUCUUCAUGAGGUCCGUCAGUGUUUAAUAAGACUCGUCCUUUGAUAUUAUUUUCACUGAUGCUUAUAGGAUCUUUGGUGCUAAAUUAAUAAAAUAUCUUGUUUCAAAGCAGAACAAAUGUUUUCUUCAUGAAGUGUUGUUUAAAAGCUCUACAGCUUUUACAGAUAAUUACUGUAGAUAUGAUUCAUGCAACCUUGUCUGAUGUAGAUUAAACAGGUGGACUUGUUCUGAGUUUCAUUUUUGUUUUGUUUCACAUUUUCACCACCACUCCCCACCACUUUUUUGUUUUUUUUAUUCCCCCUUUUGUUGUCCGCAUUCCUUCUAGCAGCACCCCUCUUUCACCCCUUGGUUUUUGUUAGUUUGUUAUUUUCUUUCUUCAGGAGGGUUUUUUAUAAAAUUCGAAACUGGGUUUUAAAAAAAUGGAAAAGACUUAGAAACCGCCCGAGAAGCAGACACACUUUGGGGGGAAUACCAGAGGAUCUGUACCUAUUUUGUAUGUGUAUAAUAAUUUGAGAUGUUUUUAAUUAUUUUGAAUGCUGAAAUAAAGCAUGUUAAGUGUUCUACCUAA